CAAAGUGAACUUUUGGCCUGAUUUAAAAAAAAAAAAAAAGGAAAGAAAAAAAAAAAGAAAAAAAGUGCCCUCCUGGCUCUUCCUAGAGGCUGAAUAACUAGUAAAUAUCCUGACAAGUAACAAAUGACUGUGGGCGUCAUAUUGUUGGGUGCUCUUGUCUCCCUUCUGCUAACAAGUAAAUAAAUGUUGCCUACCUAUGUUUCCAUUCUCUGAGCAGUAAGUGGCCGGACUGAAGUCAGUGUCUUUCCACCUACUCAUCACAGGGACUCUGCUAGAGGAAAGCUCCGGUCUUACAGCAGACUCAGGGGAAGAUCAAACCAGGUCUGCCGUAGAAAAGCAGAGCCUAAAGUUCCAGCACUGGUUAAAGCCCUUAAAAACAUCUCAUGUUUUCAGAAGUAAAUGUGGAGAUAGGUAGGUACACGGACAAAUGAUGGAUAGAAAAAUGGGCAGGAUGGUUACACCGACACAGAUAACUUUUGGUUCCAUUCCUCCAACUGCUAAGCAGGGCAUGGUUUCUCUUCAACAAAAGACAUUCUGUCUUCGUAACUUUAUUUCAUCGUCUCAUUAGAAUACUGAUUUAAUUACAUUGCUUUUACCCACACUGGCCCUAGACACAAAGCCCGCGUGGCAAAAUUAAAGCACAUGGAGCGUAGUUUUCGUAGAAGAUUUUAGCCCAGAAAACUCCAAACACGUUCAAGCCAUUUUCUAGGUAAAGUUUCGCAACGAAGAAACGAGCAUCCUUUUGUACUUGGGGCGGUGGAGGGGAGAAGUAGUCAGACCUCCCUACCUCUUUUUCCUUCAUCUUUCUUUCUCUCAGAUGGAGUUAGGAUCGGGAAAAGCCUUUUUAAGUUGAGGAAGGGGAAGUUCUGCCGAAAUUGGCUAAUCGAAUAACUCGGGGGCCUUUUUAGCACUUAAAACAGGCGCAGAUAAUGCUAAUUCUUCCCCCAGGCCCCCCCUUCCCCUCCACCUCCCCGCACCCCACCUCCCUCCUCUCUUUUAAAGUCUUUGAGGAAAGAUUUUGACGCAUUCGUGUUGUUAUCAGAUUGAUGGGCAGGGUUUGAUUGAAACCCCUUUGUUAUGCAAAUGUCAGGCCCUUGAUGGAUGAGCUCAGAGAUGUGACAAACUUCAGGAGCCCCUCGCUCAUUGGGCUGGGGGCGAGCCACGUGGCCGCCUCCCCCUGCCCCCACCCCGGCCCCGCCGAAGGCUCCGGGGUUCGAGGACCAGCGAUGCAUGGAAGGAAGUUUUACAGCUUUGACAUACUAUCUAAAGGUUGUAGGGCAGGCGGAAUCCCCCCAAAACAGGCUGACCCUCCUCCAUCAGUGGCAGAUGGACAAUACUAGGAUGAACUCCUUCUUAGAGUAUGCAAUUUGUAACCGCGGGACGGGCGCCUACCACCACUUAGAGCAAAGCUCCCCGUCCUUCCCCUCGUGCUCAGGUAGCCCCGCCACUGACCCUUUCCACGGAGACGGCCGCUUCGGCGCGGGGGGGAGCGCGGCCGCGGCCGCCCAGCUGCCGCAGCAGGGCCCCGGCUUCGCCCCCGCCCCGGCCGGCCGCGCCGUGCCCUUCGCGGGCGCUGCCCCGGCCGCCGGGUACCCGGCCGCGACCUGCGGCGCCGGCUACGGGCCGCCCCCGCUCUACCUCGGCGCGCAGGAGGCGGACGCCGGGUACCUGCCGGCGGCCGGGUUCGCGGCCAGCGCGGGGCCGCACCUCGGCUCGCUCGCGGAGGGCUACGGCGGGGCGGCGGCCGGGCACUACCCGCAGCACCUUUACGGGCAGGAGCAGCCCGGCUUCUUGGCCGGCCUCUACGGCAGCCUGUCGCCCGCUCCGAGCGAGGACAAAGACCCCGCGUGCCCCUCCGAGCCGUGCCCCAGCGCCGGCACCACGCGGACCUUCGACUGGAUGAAAGUGAAGAGGAACCCGCCCAAGACAGCCAAAGUGUCGGAGUACGGGCUGCUGGGCCAGCCCAACACCAUCCGCACCAACUUCACCACCAAGCAGCUGACGGAGCUGGAGAAGGAGUUUCACUUUAACAAGUACCUCACCCGGGCCCGGAGGGUGGAGAUCGCCGCUACCCUUGAGCUCAACGAAACCCAGGUCAAGAUCUGGUUCCAGAACAGGCGGAUGAAGCAGAAGAAGAGGGAAAAGGAGGGUUUCGCCCCGGCUGCUGCCUCCAGGUCUGCGAAGGAAGCGAGCGAAGCCUCGGAUCAGUCCAACUGCACCUCACCUGAGGCCUCCCCCAGCUCGGUGUCCUCCUGAGCCGCCCCGCAGGGGCAAGGAGGCUAGCCCGGGGCGGCUGCUCCCGCAGCCCGAGUAGACACACACGCACGAACACGCACGUCCCGGCCGCACACACGCGCGGGGGCAAGGCCGUGCUUCCUUCCGAGCAGCCCCCUUGGCUCCAGCCGUCUCCAUGCGUGUGAUACUAAUUCUCCACCUUGCCUUUCUCUCUCUUAAUUUAUAGACACUCCGUAAAACGUUGGACUCCAAAGGAGCAGCCGUGUCCUCGUUUGUCCUUAGCAAUAGACGUUUGUCUCAGGGACGUUUCUCCCUCUCCCUUCUCUCUCCCCAAUAGAAACUGCACUUUCAACUACAGAAACUUUAAAACGAAUUUAGUUCUCUCCCGUUUUAAAAGUGUGCACAAGGACUUUUGUCUGCAGGAAUGCUACAUUUCAUGCAUUUUUCCUCCCCGAGAGAUUGUAAAAAAAAAAAGUUUGGGGUAUUUUUUUUGUUUGUUUUGUUUCCUUUUUAUUUACUCUGUGUAUCUUGGAAAGAUAUCUGAUGGGCCCAAGAUGCUAGAGGCCUGUGGGAAGACCCAAACAAACACAAAGCAAAAAUGCAACUCCUUUGGUACCAUUUUGCACUAGUGCUACUUCACGUGGUUUUCUACGCGCUCCUGGUUAUGGCUGGUACUAAUCCUGGGGAAGGGAGGGCUGUUACUAAUCCUGGGGGAGCGCUGUGUUAUCAGCUAAAACGAGAUGAGGCGAAGGCAGACCUCGGGGUACUUUGGACAAGGGUCACCGUGCUGCGAAGUGUGAACGCGCACGGGAACACGGCUGCGGGGGGCCGCGGGGCUUGGCUCCCCCGGACGCUGAUGCACUGACUGCUAUUUAUUUGUCUCGAAAGCCUGAAAUCCUGGAGCGAGGCUGCACGGCUCCUUGCACCCCCAUCCUCUUAGGCUUAUCGGAGUCCGAUAAAAACAUUAUUUAACCAUGGCUGAUUGUUUCCCUUUCCCAGCAGAAACUUUACCGUAGGACGAACUGAAAACCGCGGCGACUUUUGUUAGAGUUUGUUUUAAAGAGAAAAAGGUCAUCGUGAAAAACAAGUGGUUUCUUAAUCGGAACCUUCUGUUUUGCCUCCACUCCCUUCCCCAUGCUCUGUAUGUCGAAAUGGAACUACCUCAGUCUAAUAAAGUUUACUUUUUCCACACUCACGUCCUCUCGGCCCUAAGCGAAAUGGAAAUUUCUCCCGUCCAGGGAAGUGCGCGACACGGGGAGGGGAGCCCGGGCUCAGAGGGAGGAGGAGGAAGGAAAAGGUCUCCGUCUGCUGCUAGAGCUCCCAAACGAAGUGCCCGAUCCUGCUUCCUGCGGGGCCCUUCCAAGACCCCCCCACCCCCGCCUUGGCACCGGCAGCUGCAGGAUCGGGACCAGCUUUCACCUCCGCUACGGGGGAGUUCAAAGCAAGUCUCCCAGACGGGGCCGGGUAGAAACGCGUCGCUCCGCACGUGGAGUUGCUUUACAACGCGAAGUGAAAGGGGGCCUGAUGAGAACAGCAAAUCCUCCUCCUCCUCAGUAUAAGCAUCUCGGCAAGGAAGCAGUUCAGCACUUCCGAAGCAGCGACAUUAACUGGAAUCAAGUUGGGGUCCGGGGGUGGGGGAAAGGCGAGUUUCCCAAUUAUACGGAACGGUUCUGUAAGGCGGACCCAACUCAAAAACGGAACGAAGCGUCGAUUUAGUUUUAUCUCCUCAGCUUUCGAAGGUGGCCCCCGAAAGGAGAACGGAUGUCUUCCAGAGCGUGAGCGGCGCACAAGGCCAGGGCGCGGAGGGACCGGGACCCGCGGCCACAGCGGGGGCAGAGCCCUCCCGCUGCCGGGGGGGCCGCGGGCCCGGA